GUUGCAUACAGGGGGUGGAGCCCUCGGGGGGCGAGUCGAGUAAAACUAUAAGACGAAGCGCGUGCUCUGCAAAACUGCAAAACUUACGUUUGGCUGCUUUCAACUUAAUCCCCACAGAUCCACCGAUAAGGAGGUCGCUGUGCCACAGAAUCACCCUUGACGUCACCACUGCCACCACUGCCACCACCAUGGAGUUCCGCGCCCUCUUCCUCGUCCUCUUUUUGUCAUUUCUGUACCUCAGUUUUUCUCAAGGCUCUUAUGAAAAUUGUUGUUUGAAAUACAACAAGCAUGUAAGCACGAGGACGAUGAAGGCUGGGUUCAAAUCUUACCGAAAGCAGGAGACAGACGGUGGCUGUAAUAUCCAAGCCAUUGUCUUAACUUCCAAUUCAGGAAAAAAGGUAAUCUGUGCUAAUCCAACGGCGAAAUGGGUGAAGAAGAUUAUGGCAAAGAUUGAUAAACAAGCCCAGGAAGACCGACAGAAGAAGCAGCAGUGAAACCCAUGCUAGAAGUUUGGAGGGCUUCCAGGCCACACAGUGCACUUUUGAGGGGGGGUCUCAGCAGGCACCGCUCAAAUGUUGGAGCUACACUACACUUCAAUCUGCCCGGUACCCAGUGUACAGGGUAAUGCCAUAGGGUAGGGGGGCGGGUGGGUUAGGAUUACGUCAGUAACAGGCCUGAAGCUCUCGCUGCCGCUGUCCUUAUACGCAUGUCUAUAGUUACACUUGGGAAGCCAUAGCAGGGGCGUGUAGUUGAUUGUAGUCCUUUGAUAUUUUUAUCAGCAUACUGCUGGUGUGUGGAGCACAUAUACUUAUAGAUACACAUAUACACAUGCAAAUUAUGCUUGUUUUAGCUCCUCCCUGAGGUUGGGGAGGUGAAGAGCUGCAGUGUUUGACAGCCAAAGUGCCACGAGGUUCUCUUAAACAGCCAUUAAAGGGUUAAUUAAAAAUGUGAACGCUUUUGAGACUUUAGCUUUGGCUUUCUGUAAAAUCAUUUUUCACUCUGGUGCUUUACACUGUGAAUAUCAUCUUUAGACUCGCACAGCCCAUGGCGUCUGUUAUGUGUGUAACCACUACAUUAAACAAAACGGCUGUGUGGUCUGUUUGGUUGUUACUGGCUAGGAACUGCGCAACGAGCCAUUGGCAUCUUGUCAAACCCGGCUCGGAUUUUUAUUUUUAAUUUCUUUUUUUAUUAGGGUGGAUACGCCUCUUCUAAUGGGUGUGACUGCCACCUGGGCAUUCAAUGUGUAGUGAGCCAAAACUUGAUCAACAACACCUCGAAUCUUGGCCAGGGUAUUGUGUUAAAAUGUGCCAACAAUGUAAAGCCUGGGUAUCUAGGCAAAACUGGGCAUCUGGAAAGCUGUCACCCAGCUCUGAUGCUGCCAGCCAGCUGGCACCCAUCCACAAACAGGAACAAUUUAAUACAGUUUAGAGUUUCAUUUAAUGAUCCAAAUUGAGUCACUUCAGACCAUUAUCUGAACCAGUGUAAAUUCAUCCUUUGUGGACUGGUACUGCAGCCUUAUAUGCCCAUUCAUUUAGCUCAGUUAAAAUCUACACAAUCAGGGCAGACCUCAGGGUUAACGUUUGCAGUGUACCAUCUAUUUGAAUGUAUUUUGUAAUGCAUGUAGUAAUGAAAUGUGCUGCAGAUGGAGUACCAAAAACAUUAGAACUGCUUUUAUAAAUCCCAUACCAAAUGACAUAUAAUAGAGAAAUAGCAACUGGAUGGACACAGGUUGCUAUGUCUCUGACCAACAUUUGUAGCAAUAAAAUGCAUCCCAUACAUUAACACUGCGUUUGCAAAUGCCAUACCAAAUGGAUACAACAGAGACACGUGCAUUGCAUUUUUCAUUCCAACAGAUGGUACACCACAAACAUUUGUAGUAAUAAAAUGCAUCACAUUUGUUAUUCUAACAGAUGGUGCAUCACAAACAUUUAUAGCAAUAAAAUGCACCUCAUUUGUUAUUGCAACAGGUGAUGCAUCACAAAUAUUAACACUGCUUUUGCAAAUCCCAUACCAAAUGGAUACAACAGAGACACGUGCUUUGCAUUUUUCAUUCCAACAGAUGGUACACC